CGCCUCUCACUGAGCCCAGACCUGCCGCAGCCAGAACAAAAGGAUAAGCUUUUCCCAAUCAUCUUGCCGCGGAGCGUAUUAGCCAUACACCCUGACUCCGGAAGCGGCGGUCAGAUAGUCUCUGGUCAGGCAGUGCAGGCAGCACCUUAGCGGAAGAGCGGACCUCCAGGCCGCAGCGAUCCACCCCCGCCCCCCCACCCCACGUGGUUGGAGGUUUCCAGAAGAGUUUACACCACCUCGCAGCGCAGCUCCUUGUAGUCCGAGCGCUUGUUUGCUGCCUGGUACUUCCACCACCAAGCCGCCAUGAUAAGCGCCAGCCGCGCCGCGGCAGCCCGUCUCAUCGGAGCUGCAGCCUCUCGGGGCCCCACGGUCGCCCGCCACCAGGAUGGCUGGAAUGGUCUCAGUCAUGAGACUUUUAGAAUUGUUUCAAGGCGGGACUACGCAUCAGAAGCAAUCAAGGGAGCAGUUGUUGGUAUUGAUUUGGGUACUACGAACUCCUGUGUGGCAGUUAUGGAAGGUAAACAAGCAAAGGUGCUGGAGAAUGCCGAAGGUGCCAGAACCACCCCUUCAGUUGUGGCCUUUACAGCAGAUGGUGAGCGACUUGUUGGCAUGCCAGCCAAGCGACAGGCUGUCACCAACCCAAACAACACAUUAUAUGCCACCAAGCGUCUCAUUGGCCGGCGAUAUGAUGACCCUGAAGUCCAGAAAGACAUUAAAAAUGUUCCCUUUAAAAUUGUCCGUGCCUCCAAUGGCGAUGCCUGGGUUGAAGCUCAUGGAAAACUUUACUCUCCAAGUCAGAUUGGCGCAUUUGUGUUGAUGAAGAUGAAAGAGACUGCAGAAAAUUACUUGGGCCAUACAGCAAAAAAUGCUGUGAUCACAGUCCCAGCUUAUUUCAAUGAUUCUCAAAGACAGGCCACGAAGGAUGCUGGCCAGAUAGCUGGACUAAAUGUGCUUCGGGUGAUCAAUGAACCCACAGCUGCUGCUCUGGCCUAUGGUCUAGACAAAUCGGAAGACAGAGUCAUUGCUGUAUAUGAUUUAGGUGGUGGAACUUUCGAUAUUUCUAUCCUGGAAAUUCAGAAAGGAGUAUUCGAGGUGAAGUCUACCAAUGGAGACACUUUCUUAGGUGGGGAAGACUUUGACCAGGCCUUGCUACAACAUAUUGUGAAGGAGUUCAAAAGAGAGACAGGAGUUGAUUUGACCAAAGACAACAUGGCACUUCAGAGGGUUCGGGAAGCUGCUGAGAAGGCUAAGUGUGAACUCUCCUCAUCUGUGCAGACGGACAUCAACUUGCCAUAUCUUACAAUGGAUGCUUCUGGACCCAAGCAUUUGAAUAUGAAGCUGACCUGGGCUCAGUUUGAGGGGAUUGUUGCUGAUCUAAUCAAGAGGACCAUCGCCCCAUGCCAGAAAGCCAUGCAAGAUGCAGAAGUCAGCAAGAGUGACAUAGGAGAAGUAAUUCUUGUUGGUGGCAUGACUAGAAUGCCCAAGGUUCAGCAGACUGUGCAGGAUCUCUUUGGCCGAUCCCCAAGUAAAGCUGUCAAUCCUGACGAGGCUGUGGCCAUUGGAGCUGCCAUUCAGGGAGGUGUGUUGGCUGGUGAUGUCACAGAUGUGCUGCUCCUGGAUGUCACUCCCCUUUCUCUGGGUAUUGAGACUCUGGGAGGUGUGUUUACCAAACUUAUUAACAGGAACACCACUAUACCAACCAAGAAAAGCCAGGUGUUUUCUACAGCCGCUGAUGGUCAGACUCAAGUGGAGAUUAAAGUGUGUCAGGGUGAGAGAGAGAUGGCUGGAGACAACAAACUUCUUGGACAGUUUACUUUGAUUGGAAUUCCCCCAGCCCCUCGUGGAGUCCCACAGAUUGAAGUUACAUUUGACAUUGAUGCCAAUGGGAUAGUACAUGUUUCUGCCAAAGAUAAGGGUACAGGACGUGAACAGCAGAUUGUGAUCCAGUCUUCUGGUGGGUUAAGCAAAGAUGAUAUUGAAAAUAUGGUUAAAAACGCAGAGAAGUAUGCGGAAGAAGACAGGCGAAAGAAGGAACGAGUUGAAGCGGUUAAUAUGGCUGAAGGAAUCAUUCAUGACACAGAAAGCAAGAUGGAGGAGUUCAAGGACCAACUGCCUGCUGAUGAGUGCAACAAGCUAAAAGAAGAGAUUUCCAAAAUGAGGGAGCUCCUGGCUCGAAAAGAUAGUGAAACUGGAGAAAACAUAAGGCAAGCAGCAUCUUCCCUUCAGCAAGCGUCAUUGAAGCUCUUUGAAAUGGCAUACAAAAAGAUGGCAUCUGAGCGAGAAGGCUCUGGAAGCUCUGGUACUGGGGAACAAAAGGAAGAUCAAAAGGAGGAGAAACAGUAAUAGCAGUAAACUUUGGAGCCAAAAGGACAACAUUAUGACGCUUGGGAAUAAAGGGACUUCCUGAGCAGAAAUGGGCAAAUUUCAGUCUUUACUGUGUUUUUGCAGUAUUCUAUAUAUAAUUUCCUUUAAUAUGUAAAUUUAGUGACUGUUAGCUAAUGAUCAUUUAAUGAGUGUUAAUUCCAACAGUGCAAAGUUCACAAUGUUCUGUCCCUAGCCUAUCAUUUUCCAGCUGCACGUAAAAGGGGGGAAAUGAUUUCUCGAUCAUUAUAAAAACAUUGUUUUGUACUGAAGUAGCCGUGUUUUCAAGGGGUGAAACCAUCUCACAACAAUGAAGGUUGUCAGGAACCUGGAAUGAGACCAUAUUGGGGAUGAGGUACUUCCUGUUAGCUGAGUACUGCUGUACCAGCCUGUGUAUGCAAAUGGAAUUCUUCAACUGAGGCCUUGCAAGGCAAGCCAGCUGUGCCAAGUUCAGAGGUAGACAGGGGAAGCUAGAUCAGUGGAAAACUAAGCUAUUUAUGUUAGGGACAGCUUUUAAAACAAGGUCAUAAGGCUUCCUAAUUUUCCUAAGGCAUACUUUUCUAGCUACCUUCUGGCCUAUGUCUGGCACCUGUAUCCUUGAUUGUUCUUUUUGAUCCGUUCUGGAUUUUUUUAAAAAAUAAAUAUGAAAAGCAUCUUGAUCUCUUGUUUGUGAGGGGUGAGGCUCUGAGAUUUAGCUUUGAGAAUAUAACAUGCACCAUACUUCCCAAUUCCCUGACCUAGAGUCACUCAGGUGAAAUACAGGAUUUUCUAACAUAGGCUAAAAAUACAAAUUCAAGAUUUGGAAGGACUAGUAUAAUGCAAUAAGCAUUGUCACCAAGGAAAAAUGUGGUUUAGAGUUUAGUUUGUUUCUCUUAUAGCCCCAGCUUCUGUUUGGAAUGUUAAAACAGUCUCUAGAUCUCUUCUCUAGCCUAAAAACCAGGGCUGCUACUAUUUUCAGGUCACUUUCAGUUCUAAGUAGCUUAUAUAUGUCUAGCAGUAAAAGCCCUAAGGUAUGAGUUUAGUGACUCACUAAUAUCAGGAACUGAUUCUUCCCAUAUUUCUGCUCUUUAAUCCUCAGCGAGUUUCCUUGUCCCAAAUUCUGAUGUAGUUCUAAUUAUCACAUGCCGACAGCUUCAGAAGCAGAAAGGUGACCGCAUCCUCCUUGUAUCUCACUUAAGUGUUACUUCCCAAAGGUACUCCAGCAGACUUCCCUCAUGUUUCAUGGAUUACUAUCCUACGCCAUGCCUAAAGGAAAUCUGUUAAUCAAGAAUAUGGGCUUGGACCCCAUCAGAUGUAAUGCCUCCUUUUGUUAUAUUUUGUGGUGAUAUCUAGAAAUGAAGUUCGUAUAUAUUUUAAAAAAUCAAUACAGUGCUCUAAUGUGAAGGAGAUUUUACAUUCCUGGAAAAUUGUUUAACUUCUUUAGAGUCAUAUGAAAAAUAAAUUCUAGGCUAAAGUGGGAUCCUUA